GGGGGGAUGCACUGAUGCCCUGGGGUGCAGCCUGGGGCAAGCGCCACAAUCUAUGCUUUGGAGUGGUCCUGGACUGAGGGUUGGGCAGGGAAGUGGCCAGCCCACACUGUGGGCAUUUUUGCCCAUCAAUACCUUGCUGACCUCAUUGUCCAGGGCCUUCUGGCAGCAACCUCCAGUUGCUGGGAUUUUAAAAAAGUUGUUGAAAAAUUAAAAGUCAGACCAAAACUAGGAAAAAAAAUUGAACUUCAUGCCUUACUUUUAGGGGGAAGAAUAUUAAUUCUCAGAAGCCUCUGUUGGGAGACCUAGAGUUUCCUGGACAUCAACUUCUUUGACAUUCUUUCUUGCCUUCUUUUUUGUUUCAAGGAAAUAAAGCCGCCACUGGCUCCUUGCAGCCGCCUGGCUCACUUUUAUGGUGGCCCUGGAACAAACUUUGGUGGUCAAAUUCAAGUGCUCAGGCCCACAGCUGGCUCCUCACAGGAAGCGUACCCCUCCCCACUGUCGGCCUCUGCAGUACAGAAUUUGCCUUGGGGGCUUAGGCCCCACAUCGCCCUGGAGACCAGGAUGGAGAAGGAAGCAGGGCCCUGGGGGAACUGGGAAAAGCCGAAGCCGAGACUCUGAGCUCUUAUCCCCACCUCUGCAAGGGAUAGGGGUACCUCUCUCUUCCCUCUUGCUGGUUCCUAUCACUGUUUGGAGAACAUUUUGCCUCCAAUAAACUUGAGUUUAAUGAGGUCAGCAUGAACCCCAUAAAAGCCAUAGUCCAUAGUUCCCCAUCAUUAUAAUUAAAAACGCUAGCCCCAGGUCACCCUAUAAAAAGAGGUAGAGGAAGGAGGAAAGCAACAGAUUUUUCUUCUUGCAGCUCCUCACUGACGGAGAAGUCCCACACUUGAGCAAAGCCGCAAUCUAGUUCCUCUUUGCCAUCCUUUAAGAUCUGGCCAGGACUAAAGAAGGGCUCAGGAAGUAUGGCCCACCAAAUAAUGGGUAGAGGGGUAUCCUUGGGUAUUCCAGAGCCACCCCAAGAAUGAGACCCGUGGCCAACGUGGCUCCACUCCAGGUGAUGCUGUAAAGGCUGAGCAAAUUUGGGAAGGCAGGAGGAUUGAGAAGGAAUGGAUUUGGGGAGUUAUAUCUGGGGACAUGAAAAAAUUUUUUGUGUCUUCUCCAAGAUCUGGUUUUGGGGCCUCAGUAUGUGUCACCAAGCUCUGCAAGGAAAAUCAAAUCCAAAUAGUAUUUGUAAAGUAGAAAUCAAUUUUAACCAAGAGUUAGGGGUUAAAAGAGGGUUUGGGCUAUUUCUGGCUUUCCCUGAAUCCUUGCAGGGCUUCAGUCCUCCCCUCCUGCCUGAACAAAUCAUGCCCUGGUAGCUCCUCUUUGGAUCCAAGGUUGCUUUCUGCCUAUGGCGAUUGCUCUGGCCCCUUGGAUCCAGUCCAGAACCUUUCAAUAAAGUGAUUCUCAGCUGCCUGGAUGUGUCCCAUGGUGCCCAGAGGGAUGAGAGGCGAAGGAGGGCAGAACUACUGAGUCCACCUCUUGGGCCACAGAUGUCUAGGAGGCUGGUGGACAUGGAAGAGGGCAGGGAAGGGCUGAGAAAUGGGAAAGAGGCACCAAGGCCUGCCUACAGCCCCCUGGGAGCAGGGCUGGGGGCCUCCAUUAGGGAGUGGUCCUUGGCCCUGCCCUGCCCACCCAGGUUCCUCAGCUCCCUUCCACUCCCCUGCUAGUCUGUCCAGCAGACCCACACCUGGCCCCACUGCCCACCUCCCAGCCCCCAAAUCAUUUAAGGAUAGGAGCCCCAAACCCAGCCCCCCCAUAUCCUUCCUGGACCCUGACUCCAGGCUUCUUUUCGGCCCCCAAGCUGAGGCUGAGCCCCCAACCCAAAGGACCCCAGACAGAGAAAAUACAUGGCUCUCAUUCCGAUCUUUAUCUUUGGGGUUUGAGAUUUCAAAAUCCACAGUGGAUGUAGCUUUCUGCACAUUGAUUGACAAUAAAGGCAGGCAUGAAAUAUUCACCCAGGGCCACUCUCUCAUACUAAAUAUUUAACACAACAUUAGAGAAGGUUUUUCCCCAGACUUGGCCAGGCACCGGCUGGGCGGCUGGCGCACUGCUUACCACUCGUUUAUGACUAAUCUGAGUCCCUAGCCGCAGGCAGCACAGCAGAGCCAGACAAAGUUGGGACCCUGGCUUGGUGCUGGGCUGCCUCACCUUUGGAAAACUUCCCAUACUCUUCUGAGGAGUCUCUCCAAAGGGGAAGGGGAGUCCUGACACACAGCCCUGGCCAAGAAAAGAAUGGACUUCUUCAAACUCUUGUAAAGAGGCGCUGGCCCUCUGCGGGUUGGCAGGGUAAGAGUCCCUGAGAGUUGGGAAGGAUUCACAUCUCCCGCGGAACCAGGCGGUGGGGAAAGAGGUCUUCAUCCCCACCUCAGUCUUGGGCUCAUCAUCCGGAGGAGGCAAGACCCCCCAGAGGUGGGAGCCCUCCUCCUUCCCUCAAUUCUGGGGUGGGGGGAGAAGCAGCUAGAAAAAAAUACAAUUACCCCCUCCCCGCCACCCCCCCCACUGCCCAUCCCACCGCCCACCCCACCCCAACCCUCUCUCUCCUCCUUUGCUCGCUCUGUGGAAUGGAGAGGAGGGGAGUGACGAGAGAAAAACGAAUACAAAUCUGCAAUUGAUUUUCAUAAUGUUUCUGCGGUGUUUGCAAACCAAUCGCCUGAACGUCCCCAUCUUACCUAAGAGAGAACCCCUCCUACGUCUGCGAAGUGCUCCGAACUGAUAUAUGACAAUAUCUACUUUGGAUCACGUGCUCAGGGAGAGAGACUAAGACGGAUAACGCGUCAUCUCGCCUUCCCAAAUUUUCCCCCCUCGCUAGAUCGGGUCCAAAACCUCCAUCUGGAGCCGGCAGGAGAAGAGAACGAUGUUUAACUCGGUCAACCUGGGCAACUUCUGCUCGCCGUCGCGCAAGGAGAGGGGCGCUGAUUUCGGCGAGCGAGGGAGCUGCGCCUCCAACCUCUAUCUGCCCAGUUGCACUUACUACGUGCCCGAGUUCUCCACGGUCUCCUCCUUCCUGCCCCAGGCCCCCUCUCGUCAGAUCUCCUAUCCCUACUCAGCCCAAGUGCCCCCGGUCCGGGAGGUCUCCUACGGCCUGGAGCCAUCCGGCAAGUGGCACCACCGGAACAGCUACUCCUCCUGCUAUGCGGCGGCCGACGAGCUUAUGCACCGGGAGUGCCUGCCUCCUUCCACGGUCACCGAGAUCCUCAUGAAAAACGAAGGCUCCUACGGCGGCCACCACCACCCCAGCGCCCCGCACGCAGCCCCCGCCGGCUUCUACUCCUCAGUCAACAAGAACAGCGUUCUGCCUCAAGCCUUCGACCGUUUCUUCGACAACGCCUACUGCGGGGGCGGCGACGCGCCCGCCGAGCCCCCCUGCCCAGGCAAGGGCGAGGCCAAGGGGGAGCCGGAGGCGACCCCGGCCUCGGCACUGGCGUCGCGGGCUGAGGCGGGGGCCGAGGCCGAGGCCGAGGAGGAAAACACGAAUCCCAGCUCGUCCGGCUCAGCCCACUCGGCGGCCAAGGAGCCGGCCAAGGGAGCCGCCCCCAGUAGACGCCCCCCGCACCCGCAAGAAGCGCUGCCCUUAUUCGAAAUUCCAGAUCCGGGAACUGGAGCGAGAGUUUUUCUUCAACGUGUAUAUCAACAAAGAGAAGCGGCUGCAGCUGUCCCGGAUGCUGAACCUGACGGACCGACAAGUGAAAAUUUGGUUUCAGAACAGAAGGAUGAAAGAAAAAAAACUAAGCAGAGACCGGCUGCAGUAUUUCUCGGGAAAUCCUCUGCUGUAACCGCAGACCGGGCCCUUUACGGGGAAGGGGGAAAGGGGGAAAAUUAUUUUAUUUUAUUUUUAUUUUUUAUUUUCUAACUCGCCUUCUUUCCGCGGGUGGAAAACUGGACUGUGGCCAGGGCUGGCCCCCACUGCCAUCGCCCGCACCUCUUUCUGGAACCUCCUUCACCUUCCGUCUGACUCGCUGUGGGACAGGGACCGGGCCUGGAAAGAGGGUGAAGGGAAGUGUCUAACCCACGGCGAGUGGACAUCGUUGGCGCCGAGGCCAAGACUCUAUUUAAAAGAAAACACACCUCGCGACAACGUCUUGCUGCUCGGAUUGGGUGGGGGAGGGGCGACAGUAGUAGGCGCCUGAGCGAACAAAUCCUUGAACUAAAAGCCUUCCCUUGCCCAAGUGAUAAGAUCUGCUAAGACACCGUGUCUGCGAGGGGAGACUUCUUGGGCUCCCCACCCCUACCCCACCUCGCCCCACUGCUAGGGGGCAGCUAAAUGUGAUCCUGCCUUGCUGUGAAAUUUCUGUACCUUCGACCUGGUGUUAGGUGUGCAAAGUCCGUGUCCUACCUCCGUCUGCGCCCAGGCCCCGCCUGAGCCUAGUUGUUCUCCCCGUGAACGUGUAGAGCCCUCCUUUGAAAUUUCUUAACUGGUGCAUUGAGGUUUCCUAACCUAUUUCCAAGCCGUGCCCCACUCCAUGGAUUUAUAGCUAUAGUCUAUGCAGUUGUUACCUCCUUUUUUUUUUUUUUAAGGAAGAAAAAAAAGAUUAGGUUGGAGGAGGCAGGAGGGAGGUGGGAUUGGGGGCCUCCCCCAUGCUGGGGCCUGAAUUUUUGUAAAUAAAUUUCACAAGCAUUUCUUUCUACCCAGAGGGGAUGGGGUGGGGGGGGAGGACUCACCUGGAAUGAGAUUCAAAUCACCCAUCUCUCUCCAUGAGCGUGAGUGUGCGUGUACGUGUGCAAUCCCCACCCUGCUCCCGUCCCAGAGGGAUUGCUGUGAAUUUUUUUUUUUUUGGUGGCAAAUAAAGAUAUUUCAUUCU